AUGGCUUUCAAAUCAAAUGUUUUACUGCUAUUCGGAGGCCUUUUCUUCCUCUCCUUUGGAUUUCGCAAUAUCUCUCUACUUUUGUCCAAACGUAGGGCAUCUAAGAAGUAUGGCUGCAAACCGGCAUUCCAGGUUCCCCAAUCUGAGACUAUUAUCGGAUACGGUCUCUUGAAAGAGCAAUUGAAGGCGAUGGAUGAUAAAAAUGUACUUGGUUACAUGGCCAAUCGGUUCCGCAAGUAUGGCAAUACCUUCGCUGCGGAGAUGAUGGGAGAAUCUUUCAUCGGAACUAUUGAGCCUGAGAACAUCCAGGCAAUAUUAGUGACAAAGUUUGAUGACUUCGGAAUUCAAGGAAGGAAACACGCGUUUGGGCCCCUACUUGGGAAUGGCAUAUUCACCUCGGAUGGCGCUCAAUGGAGACAUUCCAGGGCUCUCAUCCGCCCUAGCUUCGUCAAGUCACAAAUUUCUGACCUCGAUAUAUUCGAAACUCAUAUCCAAACACUAAUUUCCCUAAUUCCCCACAAUUCCGACACCGUGGACUUACAACCGCUUUUCUUCCGCCUCACGCUCGACAGCGCGACCGAGUACCUAUUUGGCAAAUCUGUAGCGUCACUUCACAAUGUUGAUGGACCUGAGCGAGACUUCGCAACCUCCAUCGACUACGCGCUCAGUGAAAUACCAAGAAGAUAUCGUUUUGGGCGGUUCAACUGCUUCCGCCGAAAUAAGAAGUUUAUCGAGGCUUGCAAGACAGUUCAUGAUUAUGUUGAUCCAUUUGUUCACGCAGCAUUACAGGGGCAGCCAAAGGAUGACAAAGAAAAGGGGAGGUAUACGCUUCUCUACGAGCUUGCAAAAGCGACACAGGACCCUAUUCAAUUACGGCACGAGUUAUUGAAUAUUUUAGUUGCUGGACGAGAUACUACUGCAAGCCUGCUUAGCAGUGUCAUUUUCAUUCUCGCUCGACGACCGGAUGUCUGGGCGAAGCUGAACGCGGAGGUGCAAAGAUUAGGAGGCAAACGGCCGGACUACGAGACGUUGAGACAGAUGAAAUAUCUUAAAUAUAUUGUUAAUGAAGCACUCCGGUUAUAUCCUGUUGUGCCUGCCAACAGUCGAUAUGCCGUUCGCAACACUACCAUUCCCACCGGGGGCGGCGUAAACGGAAAAUCUCCCAUAUUCGUUAUAAAGGGCCAGAUUGUGAUGUACUCAGUAAUGCAUUUACAUCGAAGGAAAGAUAUCUACGGUCCAGAUGCCGAUGAGUUUAAACCAGACCGCUGGGAGACCCUCCGGGCUGGGUGGGCAUAUCUACCAUUUAACGGUGGGCCACGAAUAUGUAUUGGGCAGCAGUUUGCACUCACUGAGUAG